AUGUUCGUCGUGCUUGGCAUUCUACUGAUAGCUUACGCUUUACAGCACUUGAGCAUAAGCUUCAAAGCUUUUCACGUAUCUGGCUCUCCCCUUAUCUUUGCAAAUAUUUAUGAUGCAGUAUCUGCGCGGGCUGUAGCGUCGUUGCCUAGCGCAAAAGCCCUUGCUACUGCUAGCUAUGCUGUUGCCGAAGCCGCAGGUCUAAAGGAUGACACCUUAACACGAGCUGCCAAUGUGGCAGCAGCCAGAAACAUUUCUUCAGCAAUUAAAGAGUUUGGAAAGCCUCUCUCAGUCGACUUUCAAGAUGGAUAUGGAGAUGAGCUAGAGGAGGGCAUAACGGAGCUUCUUAAGACCGGUGUUGUCGGCAUUAACCUCGAGGACUACAACGGAAGCGCAAAGAUAUUGUACAGCAUCUCCGAGGCAACGGAUCGAGUCAAAAGAGUGUUGAACACAGCUAAUGCCUUUGGAGUACCUCAAUUUGUUGUUAAUGCGCGAUGCGAUACUCUUGUCCAAAGCGGAAGCCUCGAAGAAGUCAUUGAACGAGGUCGGGCUUACCUUGCUGCUGGUGCUACCACUGUGUUUGUGUGGGGUGGGUCAAGCCGUGGUGUUUCGCGCGACGAAGUUGUUCGACUUGUCAAGGAAUUUGAUGGGCGACUGAAUGUCUUGUUGAAUCUCUCUGGCGGUUUGACUACAAAGGAAUUGGCAGCUAUCGGAGUUGCAAGAAUUAGUAUUGGGCCAACUCUGCAGAUCGGUGCAAUGGCAAAAUUGCAAAAAGACGCUGAAGCAAUCUUGGCAAUUUGA